AUGGGCAAAGAGAAGACUCACAUCAACAUUGUGGUGAUCGGCCACGUGGACUCUGGAAAAUCCACCACCACGGGACACCUGAUCUACAAAUGCGGAGGCAUCGAUAAACGGACCAUUGAGAAAUUUGAAAAGGAGGCAGCAGAGAUGGGGAAAGGAUCCUUCAAAUACGCCUGGGUGCUGGACAAGCUGAAAGCGGAACGGGAGCGGGGAAUCACCAUCGACAUAUCCCUGUGGAAGUUUGAGACGGCCAAGUAUUACAUCACUAUCAUUGACGCCCCAGGCCACCGAGAUUUCAUCAAGAACAUGAUCACUGGGACUUCCCAGGCCGAUUGUGCUGUUCUGAUUGUGGCCGCGGGCAUGGGUGAAUUUGAAGCUGGCAUCUCCAAGAACGGGCAAACGCGAGAGCACGCCCUCUUGGCCUACACCCUAGGGGUGAAGCAGCUCAUCAUUGGGGUCAACAAGAUGGAUUCCACAGAGCCUCCUUACAGCAUUGUACGCUAUCAGGAAAUCGUCAAGGAAGUGAGCGCCUACAUCAAGAAGAUUGGCUACAAUCCGGCCACUGUUGCCUUUGUGCCCAUCUCUGGCUGGCAUGGAGACAACAUGUUGGAGCCCAGCCACAAUAUGCCUUGGUUCAAGGGCUGGAGCAUCACCAGGAAGGAGGGCAGCGCUUCUGGGACCACCUUGCUGGAAGCUCUGGAUUCUAUUAUCCCUCCUUCCCGCCCUGUUAGCAAACCCCUCCGUCUGCCUCUGCAGGAUGUUUAUAAGAUUGGUGGCAUUGGCACAGUCCCAGUGGGCAGGGUGGAAACCGGUGUCCUGAAACCUGGCAUGGUAGUCACCUUUGCCCCCAGCAACAUCACCACAGAGGUCAAAUCUGUUGAAAUGCAUCAUGAGGCACUGGAGGCAGCUUUGCCAGGAGACAACGUCGGCUUCAAUGUGAAGAACGUCUCUGUGAAGGACAUCCGCCGUGGGAACGUGGCGGGGGAUAGCAAGAAUGAUCCCCCCAUUGAGGCAGGCAGUUUCAUAGCCCAGGUGAUCAUCUUGAACCAUCCUGGACAGAUCUCAGCAGGCUAUGCUCCAGUGUUGGAUUGCCACACUGCCCAUAUUUCCUGCAAAUUUGCUGAACUCAAGGAGAAGAUUGACCGUCGCUCUGGGAAGAAGUUGGAGGAUGACCCUAAAGCCUUGAAAUCGGGGGAUGCUGCUAUCAUCCAAAUGAUCCCUGGCAAACCCAUGUGCGUGGAGAGCUUCUCUGAAUACCCACCUCUUGGUCGUUUUGCUGUCCGUGACAUGAGGCAGACUGUGGCGGUGGGUGUGAUCAAAUCCGUUGAGAAGAAGGCUAGUGGGCCAGCUAAAAUCACCAAGUCAGCUGUGAAGGCAGGCAAGAAGUGA